AUGUCUACCUAUACAUCUGAUGCUAAACACCGUCGAACAAGCAGUGGGUCGACUGUUCGAGCUCGCUCUGGUCUUCCUCCUCUGCCCAACCAUGAUGUCCGUCCAAACUCUUCACCCCUCUGCAUACGGGCCACUUUGUGGGUCCAUGAUGACAAUUUCUCUUCGGAAGAUGUCCUGAUUCAUCAGUCUCUUUUUGAGGGUACGGAGAUCCAGGAAGGCAGCUUGAUUGAAAUUUAUCCGGUACAAGGCUCAUCCGAUGUUCGGGAUUUCCAAUCACCCAAUGGUGAGAACGAUGACUCGAAACGCAAUCUGGGGCCCGGCCUUGACAACGAUUUAAAAAUCGAUAAGGAUGCACGUUAUCUUUGCGUGGUCAAGUUUGCACACGCCGAAUUGAAGGCAAGGCAAGGCCUCCAACUAUCAAUCAAGAACAACAUCGCGGCCGCGUUUGGCCUACGGUCGAGAUCAGAUGUUGCCAUUUCACCAGCUUCGUUGGAAGAAUGUACCGCAUCGCAUGUCGAACUGGGGUUCCGAGACGCGUAUCUUUCAAGAUCGGACAUGUGGCGACUAGUGGGACAAGAGCUCGCCGGCAAAACUGUCUAUGCUGGUCAGAAGAUCAGUUUCUUAAGCAGCAUCAAGCUCACAGUCAAAUCUAUACAUAUUCAAGGCCAUAAAACUCCAACUGCAUAUUUUUCUGGUUCAACAGUCCCAGUCUUCCGUAGCGAGGCAGCCCGCUAUAUUCUGUUCAUUCAGAUGUCUAGCGAGAUGUGGGACUUCGACUCCGAAGGCAAUGGGGAGAUCAUGUUCAACCGAGUAAUCAAUGGUUUCUUACCUGACCUUUUCAAGCGUUGGACCGAGCUAGAUGUUCAUCAUCUUGUUAGUAUUGUCCUUUUCGGGCGGCUCGAAUAUGAUCGUUUCGAUCUCGCUAGAAACAAGGAUAGAAGGCUUGAGAUGACAGCGGAGUCUGGUGCACCAAAUAUGACCGCUCGUCAGUAUCAAGACUUCUACAGAGUUGUUGUUACAGAUAUGGCCAGUGCUCAGUGGACAAUCAUUCUGAAUGAGAUAAAGAAAGACUUUCGUGUCUUCCUCAGAGAUAUCUCUUUGCACACCGCAAACUCCGGAGGACUCGAGUCCGAGACAAAGAAACCUCAACCCAUCAAAAUUGCUGGAAGACCGAGCACAGCUCUGAAGGGCAACAUUCUGGAAGCAAUCAACAUUGCUUGCUCCCAAUUUGCUAAUGACUAUGUCGAUAGAGAUCUGAUACGGACUGGGGUUUCCAUCGUUGUCAUUACCGCUGGUACGGGAGUAUUCGAAGUCAACAGAGAUCUCCUCAACCUCACCUCCGAGACGCUCACUAACAACGGCGUGGGAAUCGACGUUGUUUGUCUUUCCAGAAUGCCGCUGCACUCUGUACCAUUGUUCAAGUACAGAACGCCGGGUAUUGAGGAUAAGUACCUGCAUCCCACAAUAGCAGAACAUGGUUCCAGUCCACGAAGAUCCGGUUCAGGCCCCAAUUUUUAUGAUUCUAGCCAACCUCGGAAGCUUUCUCCCGCCAUCUCCUCAGUUACUUCGAGCGGUACUCAUUACAUGGCGAGCUACAUGUCCACGCAAACUCGUGACAGCGUCCAUGGGUGGUGUUAUGGAAUUCCUCAGUGGAUCGAUCUGUCCUACUGGUCAGCUGAACCAGAAAACGAGGACCAUAAGUUACCCGGAGAGGACUUGCGUGAGAAAGUCGGCAUCAAGAAGCCCAAAAAGGGUCGGUUCCAACCACGCGUGCGGAUGUAUGAAAUCCAAAUGAUGGGUCUCAUGGAAUUAGGUCUGGCUGAUAUGACCAUUCCAUACAUGAGUGAAACUCAAAAUCCGGCGAUGAAACCCAUGAAUCGCAGAAAGUCUAAAAGUAGUAGACAUGCAAGUGGGAGUAGGAGCAUUUCCCAUUCUCCAAGUACGUCACGCAAUAUCCGUCCUGGGAUGGAGACAUCGCGCCCAGUCCAAGGGCUUCUGUCAAGCCAUACAAAGGCGCUGGGUGAUAUUUUCGACCGCAUGGACCGUUAUGACUUGCAAUUAUUCCAAGUGCAGGAUGGCCUGAAGGGCAUUUCCAAGAAAUCCAAAACCCUUCCGACCAAUGCCAGGACGGUAGCAGAAUCGACACCCUCCACAAAUUCCCGAAGUCCUUAUCAUACCGGCCCACCAGCGGCAUUGACUUUGUCCAAAGCUAUUACCAACAAGCCGCUGAAUACACCUUUCAGGCCACAACUUACAUCCUUAAUAUCAAGAGACGCGACAACUUCUGCCCUAAAGAAGGUCAGGAGUCCUGAAACGUCAAAGGUCAACCGGACUCUCAAUUACUCCCUGCGCGGGCUUGCCCCUCCUGUCCGUGCGUCUGCAAGCACAGAGGUCAACAUCACGAAUGCUCAGGCACUUCCACUGUUUAGCAAUCCAGGACACUCACGGCCCACAGUAGCAACAUCAGGUACCAGUAUUCGCUCAGUUUCCAUGAAGAACACCUUCACUGAGGAUGACUUCGGAGAUUACUCACCUGGAGAUAAGUCGUCCAUCUUGACAUCGACUAGAAUUGAUGACACACCCUCGAAGCCAAUCCAGAUCAACAGUACGAUUCGCCGACAGCAUGAUGAUGAUAGAAUUGUUACUCCUCAAAAGUCAAAACAACAGUCACGAGAAAUUCCGACGACUCUUAGUCCAAGAGAAGAAGCCCUACGUGAUGAUCGAGAUUCGGAAUCAGCCUCGGGCAGCAUCUCCGACAGUGGAAGCGCACGCGAUGAUGAUAGCGCAGGACGUGCUGAUAGCUGGGUUCUGACCUCGGUGGCAAGCUCCAUUACCAGAAGUGAUUUACCAUCCAUUCGAAAUGUAAACGCAUCAAACCCAUUAAAGCGACAUCCUGAGAGAGCAACACUGUUUGGUCGGUGGCAACAUCUCUAUCCACGAAGACCCCGAGCUGCGACAGUAAAAUGGCGGUCGCUUUGUACACCUGCAGCUGUGCCACUGACGACCGAAGACUUUCCUUCGAGGUGUGACCUGGAUACUGAAUACGAGCUGACGAGCUACGAUGUAACACUUGAAAAUCCGAACGAUAUGAAAGAAAUCCCACAAUCACGUGACACUCUUCUUCGAGAAAUGCUUGCCUUGAGGUUUGCACAUGGAUACCAACUAGUGGUUGGCUCAAACUUGGUAGAAACUGUCGGACCUGGAACAUGUGACACCUCAGCUUUCUUCACUCCUGAUAUCAUCCGCCCGGACGGGUCAUUCAUUUUCAUGUCUAUGGGUAACACGAUACAGAGACUAUCGCUUCAGGACGCUGAUCGGAUUCGUGUUACAAAGUACAGACGCCGCCCUCGAGUUGUUCAGCCUCCAUUCCCCACCCAGGUCAGCUAUCAUCCAAACAUCAGGACAAUUCUCUCGGAGUCAUAUAAGAUCCGUGACAUGCUAUUUGACGGGCAUCGGGAGCACUAUCCUUGGGAAGAGGCAGACAGCUUCUUGGGUGAUGUCAAGAAUCAGACAGAUCCGGACGUCAAAGCCUUACGUUUCUGGCGUGCUCGGUUUGUCCUUAUUCCAGUUCAACCACCUACCAAUUCUUGGAGGCCGACAACAUCCGAGAGCGAAGAGACUGAAGAAGAAAUUCAUUUACGAGGAAUUCGUGCUCUUACUCAGAUGUGGCAAAAGGGUCGGUACAUCGCCCCAAAUGAAAGACGCCCCGCGCACAAUAGAGUAAAUUCAAUGAAGCGAAAGGAUAAAAAUCCGCUCCGAAUAACACUGGAGACUCUGAACCCUUCGGAACUGGUGGCAACAGAGCUGGACAAACUCUUCACUGCGGAGGAAUCUGGCGAGAUUCAGGCUACACAACUCCUACCAGAAAAUGAACAGUUUGAUACGAAGACUUUCAAAUUAUCCAAGCUGGCACAAGCUCUGCAAGGCGAUAGAGGCAUCGAGAUAAAGAACAGACGUUGGCACCUUCGUCUGCAUUACAGCUGCUUUCAAGGGGAAGAUCUAACAAACUGGCUUGUUCACAACUUUCGCGAUAUCGAUACACGUGACGAAGCGGUAGAAUUCGGAAAUGAGUUGAUGAAGGAGCCUGAUGAGCUUUUCGAGCACGUCAACAGCCGCCAUAAAUUCAAAGACGGCAACUACUUUUAUUCGAUCAAGCCUGAGUGGCGAGCUUCUCGCCCGGAGGCUAGACAGUCAUGGUUUGCUGGCGCAGGUCGAAAGUCCGACCGCUCUAUGCCUCCGACACCAUUGACUGAGUACGGUAGUCGAGACAUUCUCAGUGGUCGAUCCCGCUCAGGAUCAAAUUUGCACAGUCAAGCCCAAGUCUCGUCUGAGCUAGCGAAGUCCUUUGGAGAAAAGAAACGACGUUCGAUUACUCUUAGUAAAAUGAUACGGAUCGACGUUGACCCGCGCAAACGGUCUAGUCACCCUGAAAUCAUCUAUCUCCAUUAUGAUCGUCUCCACAACCCAGAGAAUUGCUAUCAUCUCGAACUUCAAUGGCUAAACGUCACUUCGAAACUCGUUGAUGACGCAAUCGUGUCCUGGACGACGCAGGCGGAAAAAUAUGGUCUCAAGCUCGUGGAGGUCCCCAUAGCGGAAGCAAGCAAAGUGCCUCUCCAUGAGCCUUUUCGAGCCUACUACCGCAUCUCGCUCGCGCUGGAGCCACCGCAGCGCAGCUCUGGCGCCGUAUCUUUUUCUACAGUGUACUUCACUGCAACUUCAUUCACCCCACAAGCCACACCUCCAAAUGCCGAUAUUCAUAUCUACCAGAAAGCACUCCUCAAGCGCUUCAAUUUCGUUCUCGACCUCGAAGCGGUGUCUGAAUUUCCCGAAAAUGUGGAGAUUAGGUAUUCUUGGGGUCGACUUGACUACCGAUACACGCAAUUUGUGCACCGCUCCGGCGUCGUUCUCGCACAGAUCACGGAUACAGGGGAUAUCUUGUUGCUAGCCAAUCGUCUUUAUAACUCGCGAUUGUCUGCAGCGAAGGAUGAGAGAUCUCGAUUUGAAAAUCUAAAGAAAGAAGGAACUCCCAAUGCGAGCAAGGAGGGUCUGCUGUUAAGGCCACAGUUGACACCAAAUCAAAGCCAGAGCAACGGAGGUGGGUCUUUUGGUCCAACGAGCAUGUCGGCCUCAGGCAUCAUCGCACUAAACGUAGCAAGCCCCCGAUCAGGACCAUUCGCCAGCCCACUCGUCAAACCAAUCAACACUGCGCUCGGUUCCGCGACCAACAGCAAUUAUAACGGAGUAUCAUCCUCAUCAUCGUCAACCACGCCCGCCACAGCAGGAACAACAAUUGCCGCCGGCAACAUCACCACAACAGGUACCACUCCCGGCGGCAUACUGGCAGACACAUUCGGAUCGCGGCGCGCACUCGUGGCCUCGGGAUUCUCGCACUACGUAACGCCCGAACAGAUCAAAGACGACCUCGAGACGUUCUGCAACGACAAAAACCGCCUCGAAGCCUUCUACCGCGAAGUCACCGCCACGCUCCCCCAAUCCGCCGCAGCGACAGGUACACCGGGAGGGGUGGGCCCGCUGCCGACCUCAGCCAACUCCAUCGGCGAAAAACGCAGAUCGGGCGGCACAAGCAGCAGCAUGCUUCGCCCGAUUCGCGAGCCGCCCAAUGGUGAGGAUAUUGCCAUUCCUGAGCUCAACUUGCCCGAGGCUGUUAGUGCACAUUUUCCGAGGAGGGGUGCUACGAAUUAG